CUCUUGCUCUACCCUCGGACGAAAUCCUAUGAUUCCAGAGUCAGGGCGGCAUUGUGAAUAUAUUUCAUCGGGCCCCGGGUCAGAUGAGUCGCACCCGUAGCUCGCUGCGUUGUCUAGACCAAUCGGCACCCAAAGCCUCGAGGCAAAACAUCUCGUUCCGAUCGGUCAGAUGCUCCACAGUGCGGUCCGGUACCGGACCCCCACUCUCAUCAAGAACUCUGGAGAUAUAUCUGAGCCCUCGUCGCCGAGCGCAGACGCCCGCCAACGACGACAUCGCCUUCACGAGCCAUGGCCCCCACCAUCCGCAUCGACACGACGCACACCGUCGCCCCCAUCGACCCGCGCAUCUACUCCGGAUUCACGGAGCACAUGGGGCGCUGCAUCUACGGCGGGAUCUACGACCCGGAGAACCCGAACAAGGACCUGAUCGAUGAGAAGGGCUUCAGGAAGGACACGCUCGCGGCGCUCAAGGCGCUCAACGUGCCCGUUGUACGAUAUCCGGGAGGGAACUUCGUCAGCUCGUACCGCUGGCAAGAUGGGAUCGGACCGAAGGAGCUGCGCCCCCGCCGACCUGAGCUCGCGUGGCUGACAGAGGAGAGCAACCAAUUCGGCACUGACGAAUUCAUGGGAUACUGCCGCGCGCUGUCCGCCGAGCCGUACAUGUGCCUCAACAUGGGCACCGGCACGCUCGAGGACGCGCUGGCGUGGCUCGAGUACUGCAACUCGUCCGCGAACACCCACUAUGCGAAUCUGCGCCGCAAGAACGGCCACGCGGAGCCGUACGGCGUCAAGUACUGGAGUCUGGGGAACGAGGUCUGGGGGCCGUGGCAGGUCGGCCAGAUGACGGCGGAAGAUUACGCGAAGAAGGCCUAUCAGUGGGCCAAGGCGAUGCGGUUGUUGGAUCCGAGUAUCAAGCUUAUCUCGUGCGGAGAGACUGGAUUCGCGGAUUGGGAUCGGGUGACGCUGAAAGUCCUCGCACCUGUUGUAGAUUUCCACUCGAUUCACUUGUAUACCGUCAGCGAAGGCAACCACGAUGUGAAUGUGUUUGGUCCGGCUGCGGCCGAAAAGGGCAUCGAGAUCAGCAAGUCUCUCAUCGAACUUGCCAAGAUCGAGGGCAAGUUGGACAAGGACUUGUCGGUCUGCUUUGAUGAGUGGAACGUUUGGGAUCCCGUCCGUGGUGAAAAGGGUGCAGAGGAGCAUUACGAUUUAUCAGACGCUCUGGCGGUCGCUUCAUGGUUGAACGUUUUCGUCCGAAAGGCAGACGUCGUGAAAAUCGCAUGCAUUGCCCAGAGCGUGAACGUUAUCUCACCGAUCGUCACGUCUCCUGAAGGCCUAUUCAAGCAGACAACCUACUACCCUCUCCAACUUUUCGCAACACUCAUGCAGGGCACGGCGCUGAAUAUCAAUGUCACCACCUCCGCUGCGUCGGACGUCUACUCGGGACCGACCGUCCCGCCCUGGAUCGCGAGCCUCGCGAAAAACGUCCCGUCCCCGCCCGCGCACGCCUCCGGCCACCCGCUGAACUGGAUCGACGCGUCGGCCGUGCUGUCGCCCGACGGCAAGGAGGUCCGCGUGGCGAUCGUGAACCGCCACCCGACCGACGCGUUCGAGGUGCCGGUCGAGUUCGGGUACGGCGUGGCGGUGAAGGGGGUGCAGGUGCAUGAGGUGUGGGGCGAGCAGCUGGGCGUGCGGAACGAUUUCCAGAGCAAGGGUGGGGAGAAGAUACAGACGGUCAAGAGCGAGGUCGACUGGAAGGGCACUUGGGAGUUUCUCGUAUUUCCACUGGAACCAUGAACUGUGCAACCUUCAGGGGCGCCAGUAGAUCCCCAAGCUAUACCUAGCUUGUUAAUUGCGCGAAAUUACAAUGUGGUUGUAUGUUACGUUGAACAAGGACUCAGUUCCGCUCGUCUAUAUGUCUGAAAAAAGCCAUUUUCUGUGUGUUAAGGAUCCUGAGAGAUGGUUCGAUCUAUUUUACAAAUCCUUGACCACUGCUUGCAUAUCUAACAGCAAGCUUGUGUUGACAACGGAGUUCUGUAAUUGCUCUCACAGAGAGUGCAUUUGUUUGGCCAUAAGCCAACAGGCAUUUUGGCAUGGCAUGCCAACAAAUCACGUAUGUACAUGCCUGCCUGAUUGCAAUCAAUUUACCGCUGAGCAUAUGCCCAAGUCGGAUCAAGCCGAUUUCUGUGAGGGGGCCAUGCCGCUUGGCCAAUCCGAACAUGUCGGUGUCGGGAUCAACAAUGAUGUAUCAGCGCUUCACAGGUUCAUCAAAACAAGGUGUGCAUGUCCACGCGAUUUGCCCUGUAGACACAUUCUGCGCGCUCCUAGGCUUAUCUUUCAUCGGGGAAGGUUGACCUCCACGGUGCUAGGCCCCUGCUAGGCUGAGAUGCGAGGUUUUGGCAUGCCCGUGUCUGGACUGUGGAGCUAUCCCGAAGAUGAUCUAAACUGUCAUGGGUGUUUGUCAAUAACGACAUGUGUGCCAGCAAAUCAGCAACGGACCACAUGGGAAAGCACAUAUGGGUCUCGACAUGGGGCGCAUGGAAGGACUCUUCAUAAAUGGGAUGGUCUAUCAUCCAGCCACAUUUCAAUGACAAACUAGAGCGGGAAUCUGGCACUUCCACUCAUACGCGCCAGUUCCGUCACCUCUGCUUCGCUCAAACCCAACCCCAGGGGCGGGGCCGCAAGAAGCAGGGCAUAUUCACCCAUCAAGGAGUUGCAGAACGGGAGCGUGUCAUCGGUCUCCACCGUAUAAGAAUCAACGAUAGGCAAACCCGGGAAGCCUGAGUACUCACGCAGAUGGCAAUCGGGUGCUUGUGCUGCAAGUAGUAUCGGAUGUGAUGAGCCUCGAGAGUCGAGACUGUUU